AUGAUUUUAGUCGAAAGACAUGGGUUUAUAUUUUGCAGGAAAAAAUCUGAAGCUUUUAUAAGUUUUAAAAGCUUCAAAGCUCUUGUUGAGAAGGAGACAGGAUGCUCCAUAAAGAUUCUGCGUACUAAUCGUGGAGGGGAGUAUCUUUUACAAGAAUUUAUAAAUUUUUGUGAAUCGCAUGGGAUAUGUCGGCAACUUACAACAGCAUAUACUCCUCAACAAAAUAGAAUAUUCCUCGUGCUAUUCGAACAUGACACCGAGAAGAAGCUUGGAGUGGAAAACAACCGUGAUGUUCAACACUUGAAAGCAUUUGGUUGCAUUGCAUUUGCUCAUGUAUUGGAUCGAAAAGAACAAAGCUUGAUGACAAAGCCAACAAAUGUGUUUUUCUUGGUGUUAGCAAGAGUCAAAAAGCCUACAUGUUUGACAAUCCCGUAUCGAAGCGUGAUUAUCGGUCGCGGAUGCGGUGUUUGUGAAGAUAAUUUUUGGCCAUGGGAAGAAAAGCCAAACAACCAACAACUUCCUUUGGAUCUUGAUGACGGAUACAAGGAGCAAGAGCAACCAGUAGCUGACAUAGGUGCUUCUACCUUGGUGCAUCAAGAAGGCAUUAGUUCCCAACCUCAACGAAAUCGAAAACAGCCAACAUGGAUGGCAGAUUAUGAGGUGCGUGGACGUGAUAAAUCUGGAAAUGACGAUUCACUUAUAUACUUAGCUUUAUUUCCUGGUUGUGAUCCUGUAAGAUUUGAGGAUGCCUCUAAAGAUUUAAAGUGGCAGAAAGCAAUGGAUGUUGAGAUUGCAACAAUUGAAAAGAAAAAGAUCUGGGAGCUGCGAUGA